GCUUAUGGCAACCAACUCUAAUCACAAAUUUCACUCAUAAUCGAAACAGUUGUUAUACUUCUGAUCCUCUUUCCGACUGCGGAACAAUGGCGGCGUCAGUGGUCGCUGCGGCAACCAACGUGAUUCCUUCCAAUCGAUCGUCCUCCUAAAUCUUAACUCCUCGUAGGGUUCCCCAUGCAACCGGUCGCCUUCCGCCGCCUAUCGCCGCCGCGUCUUCUACGAUGGACUUCACCGAGCUGGAGGCAGUGGAAGGCCUCCGUUGGCCGUGGAAUGCGUGGCCUUCGUCACGCUCCGUCGCUGCCGCACUCGUCGUCCCCUUGAGCGUAAUAUGCACGCCAUUAAUGCCCCUCAGUGACCUCCCGAUUCUCCCCUACGAGCCUUUGUUCUGCUCCCGCUGCCGUGCCGCGCUAAAUCCUUACGCCCGCGUCGACUACCGCUCCGCCAUCUGGAUCUGCUCUUUCUGCCACCACAAGAAUCCAUUUCUCCGCUCCUACCCCGGAAUAGCCGAUCACAACCUCCCUGCCGAGCUAUUCCCCACCCAUAGCACCGUAGAGUACCUCCUCCCCUACAAAAGCCCUAACCCUAAUCCUAGCGGCUUUUUGCACAAGUCCUUUUCCUCGAGCUCAUCGUUUGCUUCGUUGACUUCUUCUCUUUCCUCCGCAUCGGUGGCAGCGCCUUCGCCGGCUAUAGUGCAGUCACCUGGACCGUCGUUCGUGUUUGUCGUGGACGUAUGCUCGGCGGAGGAGGAGCUCCGGGCGCUUAAGAAUGAGAUUUUGCACGUGGUAGCGCAUCUUCCGGAGAAUGCGCUGGUGGGGCUUGUCUCGUUUGGUUCGAUGGUGUGGUUACAUGACCUCGGCUAUGCUGAGUGCUCCAGAGUUAUGCUCUUCUGCGGUGACCGAGAGCUUUCUUCAGUGAAGAUCCAAGAGCUGCUUGGUGUAUCUCACCUUCAGAGUCAAGUGCCAGCAACUUCGCAGUCUCUUCAAAAGCAAGGAUUUCUACUUCCAGUUGCAGAAUGUGAGUUCAAUUUCUCCACUGCAAUUGAAGAGCUGCACAAGAUGUCAGAUGCCUUGGCAGGGCAUCACCCUUUGAGAGCCACAGGUGCGGCUAUUUCGACCUCUAUUGCCCUCUUGGAAGGUUAUUCUCCCAACUCUGGUGGCCGGGUGAUGGUCUUUACUUCAGGUCUGGCCACCACUGGCCCUGGGAUGGUUGCUGAGAUUGACCACAGUAAGGCUAUCCGAACCCAACAAGAUAUUAUAAACGGAAAUGCUUACUUACAUGGAAAGGCUUGCAACUUCUACCAAAAAAUUUCCCAAAGGUUACUAGAAAGAUCCUUUGUUCUUGAUCUCUUUGCUUGCUCUCUCGAUCAGGUUGGAGCUGCAGAGAUGAGGAUCCCAAUCGAAACAUCCGGCGGCCUUCUAAUACUAGCAGAAUCAUUCGAAUCUGAACAGUUUAAGAAGUGCUUGAGACAGAUCUUUAAGCAUGUUGGAACUGAUCACCUCGACAUGAAUUUCGAUGCGACAAUUGAGUUGGUGACAACCAAGGAGGUCAAGAUCUGUGGGGCACUUGGUCCAUGCAUCUCUCUUCGGACCAAGAACAGCUCGGUCUGUGAAAAGGAGAUUGGUCAGGGAGGAACCAGCUCAUGGAAGACCAGCACACUCACAAACAAAACAACCAUAGCCUUCAUCUUCCAAGUGGACAGUAAUCAGCCAAAUAAUGAACCAGGGCCAGUCUUCUUUAUUCAGUUCAAGACUAGGUACCGCCAUGGAAAUGGCAGCAUUCGCUUAAGGGUGACCACUGCUGCAAGGAGAUGGGCUCCUGAAGCGUGCCCUCUGGAUAUCAGCUCAGGAUUUGACCAGGAAGCAGCAGCAACCAUCAUGGCACGUCUCGCAGUCAAUCGCGCAGAGGUUUACCAUGCUCGCGAUGUGAUCAGAUGGCUAGAUAAGAUGCUCAUCCGUUUCACUGCCAAAUUUGGCGACUACGUACCCGAGGAUCCAUCGACCUUCCGCCUGCCAUCGGGUUUCUCCCUGUACCCACAGUUCAUGUACUACCUGAGGAGAUCCCAAUUCAUUGAUAUCUUCAACUACAGCCCGGAUGAGACAGCUUUCUUUGGGAUUGCAUUUAACCGGGAAGGUGUCACUGGAUCACUCAUCAUGGUCCAACCCACACUCUUCCAGUACUCUUUUGAUGGGCCACCAAUGCCAGUUCUUCUUGACAUUAGCUCAGUGUCACCUGAUGUGAUCUUACUCUUUGAUUCCUAUUUCCAUGUAGUGAUACAUUAUGGGUCUAAGAUUGCUCAAUGGAGGAAAUUAGGGUUUGAUAAAGAUCAGAGCAAUGAAAACCUGAGGAAGCUAUUGGAGGCUGCCGAGAUGGAUGCAGAAGAGCUGAUUGAGGGUAGGAUUCCGGUGCCAAAGCUAAUUAAAUGUGACCAACAUGGAAGCCAGGCUAGGUUUCUCCUUGCUAGGCUGAACCCGUCGGCGACGCAUAAUACUAGGCUUGCGGAUGGAUCGGAGGUCAUGUUCACUGAUGAUGUUAGCCUUCAGGCUUUUCUUGAGCAUCUUCAGUCUCUGGCUGUUCAGGGAUGACCAGAAGGUUUUGUAAUCUUACAAGGUUUGCAUCCACAUCUUUGUUUAAUUUAUCAUGUUUAACACAGGUAGUGAAAAUAGAGGAUUUUGAAGGGAAAGAAACUUUUUUUGUUUUUUUGUUUUGUUGCUGCUUGUAAAAUUGGGUUCAUUUUUUUCUUUUUAAAAUUCUCAAGCCUAUAUCUUUUUAUUUUGGGCUUCAGUUAAUCCUUGUGAGUCUACCAGGGUGUAGGCCAGUGUGCAUA